AUGGAACAGAUUCUGAGCGGAUGCGACGGCUGCGUGGUUUUUAUUGAUGAUGUCCUGGUUUUCGGCGCUGAUCAAGCGGAACACGAUUUGCGACUGAAAAUGGUUCGUCAGAGAUUUCAGGAAUGGAAUGUCGUCCUAAAUGAAGGUAAAUGUGUUUAUGGUGUACCGGAAAUGAAAUUUUUGGGUCAUGUGUUGUCUGCUGAGUGUAUUAAACCAGAUACAGACAAACUAGAGGCAAUCCGCUGUUUUCGGGAGCCAAAAUCUGGGGAAGAGCUAAGAAGCUUCAUUGGCCUCGUGAAUUACCUUGGAAAAUUUAUUCCCGAUUUAGCGACAAUAACUUUUCCGCUCCGGCAGUUGACAAAUAAGAAACAACCUUUCAUUUGGGGUCGUGAACAACAAGAGGCAUUCGUAAAAUUGAAGGACUAUAUGAUUCGUCCGACCACGUUGGGAUAUUUCGAUGUUAAUGAUAGAGCCCAAUUGGUAGCUGAUGCCAGUUCGGUUGGCUUGGGAGCUGUUCUAAUGCAGAUGAAUAAACAAGGUGCUAGGAUCAUAGCUUAUGCUAGUAAGAGUUUAUCAGAUGUAGAGCAACGUUACGCGCAGAUUGAGAAAGAAGCAUUAGCUCUUGUGUGGGCUAUCGAACGAUUUCAUUUCUAUCUGUACGGCCGGUCAUUUGAGCUAAUUACAGAUCAUAAACCCUUGGAGGCCAUUUUCAAACCAAAAUCUAAGCCUUGCGCAAGAAUCGAGAGAUGGGUGGUUCGGCUACAAGCGUACAAAGCGAAAGUUAUCUAUCGACCCGGUAAAACAAAUAUUGCUGAUCCAUUGUCACGGUUGGCAAUCAAAGAUAACAUUUCGGGUAAGACAUUCGACGAAUGCGCUGAAUCUUAUGUACAUUGGGUGACCUCGAAUGCAAUGCCGGUAGCACUGAAGAUCACUGAAAUUGAGCAAGCGUCGGAUUUGGACAAAUCGAUUCAAUCGGUUAAAGUUGGAUUGGAACAAGAUGUUUGGUCGGAAGAUGCUAGCUCGUUUAGGGUUUUCGCUACGGAAUUGUGCUUUGCCAACAAAAUUUUACUUCGGGGAACGCGUAUAGUUAUACCAGAGGCCUUCAAACUGCGAGUACUAGAUCUGGCUCAUGAAGGCCAUCCUGGUAUAACUAUAAUGAAACAGCGUUUGCGAGCCAAGGUGUGGUGGCCGAAGCUUGACACACAAGUCGAACGGUAUGUAAGAAACUGCCGGGGAUGUAUGUUGGUAGCUGCACCCUCUGCACCUGAGCCGAUGAAGCGCAGAGAACUACCAUCAGGACCGUGGCAGCACGUAGCCAUAGACUUCCUUGGACCACUUCCCUCGGGUCAUCAUCUGUUAGUAAUUGUCGACUAUUUCAGCCGCUAUGUUGAGGUUGAAGUUUUUACUAAGACAGCGGAUUCCAGCGAGACUAUCAAGCGACUUGAUCCGAUUUUUGCGCGGUUUGGCUUCCCGUUUUCCAUUACUUCGGGUAAUGGCCGUCAGUUUUCUAGUGGAGAAUUCCAAGAAUAUUGCGAUGGGCAUGGUAUCGAGUUAAUCACCACUACACCGUACUGGCCACAGCAGAACGGUGAAGUAGAACGGCAAAAUCGAUCUAUCUUGAAAAGAUUGACUAUAUGUCAAGCGACGAACGGCAACUGGAUCGAUGAACUGAACAAAUACCUAUUAAUGUACCGUUCAUCUCCACACUCGACCACUGAGAAGACCCCUUCGGAGAUGCUAUUUGGAUACAACAUUCGUUACCGUCUUCCAACGAUACACCAACCAAAGAAUACUGAUGAAGAGACGGCUGAUCGAGAUAAGCAAAUGAAAGAAAAAGGCAAAUUGUAUGCUGAUGAACGUCGAAACGCUAAACCAAGUCUAAUUUCUGUAGGAGAUAAGGUUCUGGUAAAAAAGAUGGCACGACCGAAUAAGCUGGCACCCUAUUUUGACCCUCAAGUAUUCAGAGUAUUAAAAAGGAAAGGUGGAGACGUCAUAGUAAUUUCGGAGGAAACUGGCGUCAAAUACAGAAGACAUGUAUCACAUUUGCAACGAAUUCCCAGCACCAAUGCUGGUUCUACACCGAAUUCAAAUGAAGUGGAUGGACCGUCAAAUUUGUAUUCCCUCAACAGUGACAUAGCAAGUGGAAGCGAUGAACGAUCAACAUGUCUGGGUGAGCCAAAUGUUUCUAGUGAUUCGAGAACUAGACGUAUCACACGGCAGCCAGCUUACAUGCAAGACUACGUACAAACCGUGUAUGAAAAUUCUGGGAAAUAA